UUUAAACUCAGUAGCGGCCAGAAGUUCAUCCGCUUGUAUUUCAACCCAGUUUCCUAUGGCCCUGACUUUGACCAGUCCAAAGCCCUCUUCUCAGUCAAAGCAGGGAACUUUACCCUUCUCCACGACUUCAAUGCUUCAGUCACUGCCGAAGCGUUUAAUUUUACCAAAAUAAUAUACAGAGAGUUCUGUUUGAACAUUGAUGAGGAAGAGAGCUUGAACAUCACAUUUACUCCGAGCAGAACAAUCCCAGAUGCGUACGGCUUUAUCAACGGAAUUGAAAUUGUGUCCAUGCCCACCAAUCUUUACUACAGUCCGCUUGAAAUCGAAAGCGCCCGUGGGAUUACAAUGGUUGGCAGCAGAACCAACUUUCGCAUCGAAAACAGCACUGCUCUGCAGAUGGUGUACCGAAUAAACAUCGGCGGCAAGUCGCUAUUGUUCAAAGAUGACAAGGGCAUGUACCGCAAUUGGGGUGGUUCUGCAGAUGAGCUAUAUUACUUGGACGGUUUAAGUUUGACGAGAAGCGUUGAACCACGAAACGAUAGUACUCAACUCAACUUUUCUGAAAUACCAGCGUACACAGCACCAGAGGAAGUGUACCGAACGGGCCGGUCGAUGGGCACAAACGAUACCCUAAACAAGAGCUACAAUCUCACCUGGGGUUUUCCCGUAGAUUCCAAGUUUUAUUAUCUGGUUAGGCUGCAUUUUUGUGAGUUUCAACAUGCAAUUAACCAGACUUACGACAGGACGUUUGCAAUCUACAUGGACAAUCAAACUGCUGAAACACAAGCUGACAUAAUUCAAUGGAGUGGUGGAAAAGACAGACCAGUGUACAAAGACUACGUGGUAUUUAUUCCUGAAGGCCACCAGCAUCUUUUUCUCGCACUGGGUGCAAAUCCAAGUGAUCAGAUGACAAGAUACAGCGAUGCACUCUUGAACGGGCUGGAAAUCUUUAAACUUGACUCACAAGGAAAUCUCGCCGGACCAAACCCAGUUCCACCUCCUAUGAUCCUACCAAAGGGGCCCUCAAAACCCAACAGCGACAACAAGAAGUCAAGGCCUCCUAUGCUUGCCAUUGUCGGUGGUGUACAUUGUGGCAUGCUCUUGCUAUGUGCACUCGGGUUCUUGGUUUUCAGGCAACGGCUGAAAGCCAAGGAGUGGGGUCCAUUUUCUUUUCUGGCGACCCACAGAACACAUGGACCGUCUUAUUUGUGUCGUUACUUUACACUGGCUGAGAUCAAAGCCGCCACUCGAAACUUCGAUGACAGUUUUAUUAUUGGAGUUGGAGGGUUUGGUAACGUGUACAAAGGAUGCAUUGAUGAUGGGGCCACUCUCGUUGCAAUCAAACGGCUAAAAUCUGAGUCAUCACAAGGCGCCGACGAGUUCAAGACGGAAAUCGAGCUGCUCUCUCAGCUCCGCCACCGCCAUUUGGUGUCUCUCAUCGGAUAUUGUAAGGAUGGCAAUGAGAUGGUCUUGGUGUACGAUUACAUGUCAUAUGGGACCCUCGCUAGCCAUCUUUACCACACUGACAACCCCCUUCUUUCUUGGGAUCAACGUCUCCAAAUUUGUAUCGAUGCUGCAAAAGGGUUGCGCUACCUUCAUAGUGAAGCCAAGGGCACCAUCAUCCACCGUGACGUGAAGAGCACAAACAUUUUGUUGAAUGAGAAAUGGGUGGCCAAAAUUUCAGACUUUGGAUUGUCAAAAAUGAGCACAAUCAGCACGUCCAAGACCCACAUUAGUACAAAGCUGAAAGGCAGCUUCGGGUAUUUGGACCCCGAAUACUACAAACGUCAACGGGUAACUGAGAAGUCAGACGUGUAUUCAUUUGGUGUAGUGUUGUGUGAGGUAUUGUGUGCAAGGCCGGCUGUGAUGCAUAAUGAGGAGCCAAGGCAAAUGAAUUUGGCUAAGUGGGCCAAGAGCUGUCAUCGCGACGGGGAACUUGAUCAAAUUAUUGAUCCAAGCAUUAGGGGUGAGAUUGAAAUCCAGUGUCUAAAUAAGUUCGUUGAGAUUGCUAUGAGUUGCAUGAAUGACAAUGGGAUCGAACGACCGUCAAUGAAUGACAUUGUGAAGGGACUUGAGCUUGCAUUGAAGCUCCAUCGCAACUGCGUUGAAAGGAGCAAUGAGGUUGCCUUCAACAAUGACAAUGUUACAGAAAUUAGAAGUGCUGAGCCAGGUUGCGCUACAAAUGAAUCUAUUCAAUGUAUAUCUGAGAUGAUCUUUUCUGAGAUCAAUGAUCCAAAUGGGAGAUAAUGGGCAACAUUUUUGAAUU